AGGAUUUAAAGGGUGGUGGGAGCUCAUCUGUAUUCCGCAUCAUUCCCCGCCAGGAAAAUCUCAUCCUGACUCCUACUGCAGGACCAGUUCGGUUAAAGGAGACAUUUCAGGUGCAUUGAAAAUCCAGGUUGAAACAUGCCAAACUACAAGUUGACCUACUUUAAAAUACGAGGGAGAGCUGAGACUGCUCGUUAUAUUUUUGCAUACAGUGGAAUAAACUACGAAGACAACACCAUAGACAUAAUGGAUUGGCCCAAUGUAAAACAGUCUCUGCUCUUCCAACAAAUUCCGAUUCUGAAGGUGGACAAAACUGAGAUCAACCAGAGCACUGCUAUUGCGAGAUAUUUGGCCCGAGAGACAGGCCUAGCAGGAAAAACCAACCUCGAACAAGCUCAAGUGGAUGCCAUUGUGGACACAAUAAAUGAUUUCAUGAAUAUGUUCCCCUGGACCGAAAAGGACCCCAGUGUGAAACAAAAGAUAACAGAAGAUGUUUUUGCCAAGAACAUCCCUUUGCUUCUGGAUGGGUUGAGCAAGCUCUUGGGAGACCAAAUGUGGUUUGUUGGUGAUUCAGUUACCUGGGCUGAUUUUCACUGGGCCGUCUGUUCCAUCACCCUCACUAAUCUAAAUGUUGAUGUCUUACAUAACUAUCCCAAAUUGUUAGCUUUGAAAGAACGUGUGGAAGCCCUUCCUAAAAUCGCAGCCUGGAUAGAACGGAGACCAAAAACUCCAUUGUAAAAUUGCAACCUUCACUUAAAGGUGCCUAGAACAUGAAAUGAAACCUUAUUUUCUAAACUGGUUUAAUUCUUUAACCAUUACUUCCAAUAACAGUCCUGGUUCUGUAAUAUGUUUUAUAGAUUUUAAAUCUAUAAACUCUUAAGUUCCUCAUUUGUUAACCUUUUGACAUGAACAGGCUGCAUGGGUUAAGCUUGUAUUCUCGAGGGUUAAUGGAGGAUUGAGUAGAGAUGUUUAAUAAUUAUAGGCUGUGAUAGGAUAGAAAGCAAGACAUGAAGGAGCAUAUGCUUAAAGUUAGAGCUAAGCCAUCUGGGUUGUCGGGAAGUACUUCCUUUGCACAAGGGGCAGUAGAAAUCAUGCCUCAUAAUUCUUGUGGAUAGACUUUGCUCAAUAAUGUUACUAUGGGACAUGGAGCCAAGUUGUGUAAAUGAAGUCAACGAUCAGUCAUGGUCUCAUCAAAUGCCAAUACAGGCUUAAAAGGAGUUGAAUGGCCUACUUCUGUCCUUGUGUUAAUUAGCACUUGGCUUUAAUCAUUACUGUAAUGUGUUGUGUGAAAUUGAGAAAGCUCAUGUGGUGCAAUGGUAAUACCCCUACCUUUGGAUCAGAUAGCCUAGUUUCAAGUCCUACCUGCUCCAAAGCUGUGCCCCAACAGGUUGGUGAGACGUAAAAAUAGAAAUUACUGGAAAACCUCAGCAGGGCAGGACUGGCAGCAUCUGUGGAGAAAAAAAAGUUGAGUCCAGUGACUUCAUCAGAACUAAGUUCCAGCAACUGUAGUUCGCUAAUUUUCGGUUGGUUAGAAAUCUCUGAGUAGAACAGGACCAACGUUGUCAGGAUUAUUUAUCCCCCAGUCAGAGCCAGAAAUGGCAUGCUGCCCACCCAAAGACAGAGUAACUGAUUCUAUAAAACGGACCAGAAAAUAUCUGGGAAUAGGAGAGCAGCCAAGAGUUGGUUGAAACAAGUAUUGUAAAUAGAAGUAUUUUAAGGUCUAAGAGGGAGUUUAAAGAAACAUGAGAGGUUAAUAUAGAGAAGAAAAUAAAGAGCUGAUGGGUGAUAUUCUUUGCCCAGUUUUGUGCUGGCUGGGAGGAGCGGUUUCAUGGUAGUCAUCAAUGUGUUGCUGUGUGGGAAGUCAAAGGAGGAAGGGUUGCAUUAUUAGAUCAUCAGAGUGAGCUCUGGAAUAACUGAAAGAAUAUAAUGAAAUAAAAGGAAUCAAUUGCUGGUGGUGGAGGGGAAACUAAAUGGUGGGGGCAGAUUAAAAGUUAGGUUUGGGACUAGAUAAAGAGAAUGGGUUUAAUAAAGAUCUAGUAGAACCAGAAGCUUAUUUGAAAUUAAUUGAGUUAUCAAGGAGUUGGGAAAAUGUCAUGGGACAGUAAAUAUGAUGUUGUAGAACCAACUAAAAAACAUUAUUUAAUGGGGGAAAAAAAAGAAUACAGUUCAAAAGCCCCAAAAGCAAAUUUAGAGUCAUAUUAUGAAUAAUGAAAAAGUAUUUUUAAAAAAUCCCAAUUUGUUGCUUUGGCCUCAUAGCCUCAAGUAAAGAAUCCUUGAAAGAAAUAACUGGGUCUGCCUCAGAUACUUCCCUUGAAACUACCAUUAGAAACUUUAGUGAACUUAUCCCUUAAUCUGUUCUGCUGUUUCUUCAUACCUCAUAGUUGUUAUGUCAGCAUUGAUUAGACCAGUACUGUGUAACAGAUUAGCUACAAUGGCUAACUGGGAAAUGUGAUGCGCCUAAUUGAAUUUUUGAUAAACAAAUAAAAAGAAUUCUUGUAUUUUAA